AUGGAGUUCGGCUGUUGCCUGCAGCGCAACGACUGGCAGUCUGUGGGGAUUCACGAGAACUGCGACAAAGAAAAGCUUCAAGCAUCGAUGCAGCGAGAGGUGCAACUCCAAGCUGCGCUCGACAACUGCACCGAACAGAUGGCCAAGCUGGUCCGCCCGUUGACGGAGUCCAGAGCGCGGGAGGCUGAGCUGCAGGUCCAACUCUCUGUGGCAUUGCAGCGGGAGGAAGCCCUGCAAGUCGACUUGGCCGAGUCCCAGGGCAGGGAGGCAUCGCUCCAAUCCGAGUUGGAGGAGCAAGCUCAACGCUUGGCAGAUGCGCUCUCGGCGCAGGCCGGCCAGCACGAGGCCGAGCAUAACGAGUCCCUGAGGUGCAUGGAAGAAUCCACCAUGUUCCUCAUCGACGCACUACGCAAGGUUCAAGCGGAAGUCGAUGCAGAGAGCCUCCACUCACUGUCUGAAAUUGAAGAAGCUGCUGAGUCGCGCAGCAGUGCCGUCAGGGAGGAGCAGCAGUUGAAGAGCAUGCUCGGACGGACACAGGAACAGCUGUGCCAACGCAACUUCGCAUCCCAGGCCAGACGGAUCUGGGAUCGCUACAAUUCAGGAGUCGCGCAAGAGCAGGUGCAAGCCCGAACUGUUGCAUUUGGCCACACCGAAGUCGUCGAUGCCGCAAGCAUCCGGUUUACCCACGACUCGGUGAGUCGGUGGUUCAAAGACGGACGGGCUCUGCAAUCUUUGGUGUGGGCCAUCUUCAACAGAGAGGUGGACCCAGCGACACAUCCAAACAUGGCAUUGAGCGUCGUACGCUUUGAAGGAGUCAUCUACUCCUUGAACAACAGGAGACUGUGGUGCUUCAAAGAAGCCGCCCGAUGGUGUGGCCAGGUCAUGGUGAAAGUGAAAUACCAGACCCUGGACCGUUUGACGGUCCAGUUCAUUCUUGCCAUGACGAGCACAAACAGUGGGACCAGAGUGACCCUCCGCGGCUAG